AUGGGCAAGUUCAAGUCUAUGGAGGAGGAUGCUGGCCAGGAUCUCGACAAGGCAGUUACCUCCGAACACGCGACCAAUAACAUCAUCGGGAGCCAGGAGGAUGCCGCGCAGGCGCAGGUUACUGACGACCCCAUUGCCGAUCUUCAGGCUCGCUUGACGCUCGCGACCGAGGAGCAGCCCACGUCUAUCGCCGACGCCUUGGUCAAGGUCGUGACUAACAACCGCGUGUUCAAGAGCGGCUGCAGGAUGCACGUGUGCUGCGCCGAGGUGCUCACCCCGGCCAUGGACCUGGUCGCCGGCGUGGAUGACACUUUGUUCAGCAAUCCCGCGCUUGACAUUAUUACGGAAACCGCGGCCACGGCCAUGAGCCACAGCGAGACCCCCAAGGCGCUCGUCGACGCGGGGUUCAAGGACGCGGAGUCUCUGCUUGGCUUCGUUCGUCUGCGAGGCUCUUACACGCAGCAAUUCGCGAAGGACCUGUUGAGCCCAGCGGGCGGCGCAGGAGGCGGGAAGGAGCUCACUGCUGGCGAUUCCGACGGCAGCUUGAGCACUGUUCUCAUCGCGACUCACUUCAGCAAGUUGCCCCAGGAUGAAAAGGUCGCCCUGGCGGAGGCCGGCGGCGCCGCGCGCGGAGAAGCUGAAUGGCGCGCCCACUGGCGCGACGCCCUGCCGGGCCUGGCCGCCGGCAAAAAGCCCCCGCAGAUCCUCAGCCUUCAGCCGCCACCGCGCCGCUUGAAAAGGGAGAAGAGCAAGUCUGGCGACCCUGCGCCGAGGAGCGGCGCUUCUGGGGGGCAAGUCUGUCCCGUGGGUCACGCCAAGGUUGCGAAGGAGCCGCCGUUCGACCCGACCUUCGUCGCCGUCGAAACCAUCGCGCAGAUCCCCGCCAUGGCUUCCAUGGGGGUCGACGUCAAUGCGGCGCAGGCGAAGCUCGCGACGUGGACCUGGAGCUUGCAAAACGUGAACAUGCCAGAUUUCGCGGGGAAGCUGGCGGUGGAUCUCCAGAGGGCUCCGAAACACACAAGUGCCUUCCUGUUGGCGUCCAUGUUCCAGGGGCCGAUCGACUUGUACUUGAACGGUGGUUUGGCCAGUGCUUUGCAAUCGGACUGCAUUCUGCCAGCGUGGAUGGUCGCCAUCACUGAGAAACAGAGCGACUCGAACGUCCAGAUGACUCACGUCGAAUACAAGGGGAAGACCAACGAUAUGGGUAAGAUCGUUCGGCCGACAACGGAGGAAGAGGCAGAGAAGGCGAAUGUCUAG